UCUUCGGGUGUAAGCGUAAGUUUUUGGUGUACCGGAAACCUCUGCACAUUUUCUUGAUCGAAUGCCUCGCGGUUUGGUCGUGUCGUUCGUUGCCUCAUGUUCUAACAUGAUAACUAGAUACAAAUUCUGCAUGUAUCCUACACCUCUUUAUUAGAUAUGCCGCUGUUCCAGGACCAUCCUAUCCGCUCUACGGUUUGCAUUGCCGUUGCCGUUGCCCUAGGGCAUAUAGUAACGAAAUUCUUGAAUUCGCUCUAUGCGUUUCAUUUGACACAAACAUCUGUGGCUAUCCUUGGAAUAUCAGGAGUCAUGCUCCUAAUUGCCAUGAACCACCAGCGCGGCGAAGGACAUCACCAUCCCAUGACCCAGAUGCAGGAAGAAAUAGUUCUAAUAGUAGGGUUCGGGCUUCUCUGGAUCGCGGUCAGCCUGGGAUGGAAAGCGAUCACUGGUCAAGGAUUAGAAAAUUCUGGGUUGGGUCGGACCGAAGCUCCGUCCAGAAGUGGUGGAGGCGAGAGAUCAUACUCUUGCUCGGACAGUGAUAUACUCUGUAUCAUUGAAGAAUAUUCGUAUUAUUGACUACAUGUAUACCUUGUAAUUGAAUGAGAACUCGGCCGAUAGUUCUUCAUUUCUACACUCUCAAUAUGGCUGGUCAGACGAAGCGCCGCAUAGAAACAGAUGUCAUGAAAUUGCUCAUGUCCGACUACGAUG